GAAACAAGAGUGCAUAAAACUCCAAUCCUGCCUUUGGGACAUAAGGAGACCAGAACCCAGCCUCUUUCAACUGGCUUCCAACAAUCUAACAGGGUCACGCUGUCCUCUUAUCUGCUCCCCAGUUCUUCUGAUUCUUGGAGAGUGCUUCUUGGUACCCAGGUUUGACCAUGGCUGGGUGGAGCUGCCUUGUCACGGGGGCAGGAGGGUUUCUGGGUCACAGGAUCAUUCGCUUGUUGUUGGAGGAGAAGGAGCUACAGGAGAUCCGGGCACUGGACAAAGUCUUUAGACCAGAAUUGCGGGAGGAAUUUUCUAAGCUCCAGAGCAAGAUCAAGCUGACCAUGCUGGAAGGAGACAUUCUGGAUGAGCAGUGCCUGAAGAGAGCCUGCCAGGGCACCUCAGUUGUCAUUCACACCGCCUCUGUCAUUGACAUCAUCGGUGUCAUUAACCGAGAAACCAUCAUGAAUGUCAACCUGAAGGGUACCCAGCUCCUUUUGGAAGCCUGUGCCCAGGCUAGUGUGCCGAUCUUCAUCUAUACCAGCACCAUGGAGGUGGCCGGGCCCAACUCCUACAGUGAGAUCAUCCAGAAUGGCCACGAAGACGAGCAUCUCGAAUCCAGAUGGACCACUUCAUAUCCAUACAGCAAAAAGCUUGCAGAGAAGGCUGUGCUGGCUGCUAAUGGGUGGGCUCUUAAAAAUGGUGGCACCUUGCACACUUGUGCCUUAAGGCCCAUGUAUAUCUAUGGGGAAGGAAGUGUAUUCCUUUAUGGCCACGUAUACAAGGCCCUGAAGAACAACGGCAUCCUGAAACAGAGCAGCAAGUUCUCCGUAGCCAACCCGGUCUACGUUGGCAAUGUGGCCUGGGCUCACAUUCUGGCCUUGAGGGCCCUCCAGGACCCCAAGAAGGCCUCCAGCAUUGGAGGGCAGUUCUAUUAUAUCUCGGAUGACACGCCUCAUCAAAGCUACGAUAACCUCAAUUACAAUCUUAGCAAAGAAUGGGGCUUGGCCCUUGAAUCCAGAAUGAGCCUUCCUCUAUGUCUGAAGUACUGGCUUGCCUUCUUGCUGGAAAUAGUGAGCUUCCUGCUCAGUCCAAUUUACAAAUACGAACCCCCCUUCAACCGCCACAUAGUGACGUUGUUAAAUAGUGUGUUCACCUUCUCCUAUAAGAAAGCUCAGCGGGAUCUAGGGUAUGAGCCACUCUUCAGCUGGGAGGAAGCCAAACAGAAAACCGCGGAGUGGAUUGGGUCCAUAGUGAAAGAGUAUAAGGAGACCCUAAAAACAAAGACUCACUGAUUUGGGGGUGCCAGGGAUGGAGAUGUAGGUGUUAUUGGGAGAUGUCUAUCAGGUUCUCCCCCUCUGGCUUCACACAGAAAGAAACAAGGGCACAAGCCCAGGGCCUACUGCCUCUCGUUUACAUGAUGCUCACCUUCCUUUACAAGAUGGUAAAGUCCCCGGCCCAACCAGAAGUUUCUGUCCUACUCACACUGCAGAGGACAGACCAGAUCUACCAUAGCUGCUGGUACUCAAGUCUCCACUGCCGACUCUGAGCUAUUCUGGCCUCUUUAACUGAAGAGCUUUCCCUACCAGUUUCAUUUCCUUUGUCCUGUGUGAGACAUUUCUUACCUUUUAAAAAUUCUUAUUCCUACACACUGCCCAAUGAAAAGAGUAAUAAAUGCUUUAAUGCCUAA